CAGCCUUCUGCACCCCGGUGACGCCGCGGCGACACUGAAUGGACCCCGAGGGGGGCGACCGCGGCUUCGCCUUCCGGGGUCUCCACAACCGCUCCCCGGAAAAGGUGAAGCUGCGGAAGAGAAAGUCUACGCUCUACGUCAGAACGCAGGAGGACCGCCCGAGGCGCGGCGAUCUUCUUGGAGAAAACAUUUACCUGGUCUUGUUCACCUUUGCUCUACGAAUAUUUAACUGCUUCUUAGUUCAGACAAGUUUUGUUCCAGAUGAAUAUUGGCAGUCUCUUGAAGUUGCACACCACAUGGUUUUCAAUUAUGGUUAUUUGACCUGGGAAUGGACAGAAAGAUUGAGAGGUUACACUUACCCCUUAAUCUUUGCAAGCAUAUAUAAAUUUUUGCAUCUUUUGGGGAAAGAUAAUGUUCAGUUGCUGAUCUGGAUUCCCAGACUUGGCCAGGCUCUUCUGUCUGCUGUAGCAGAUAUUCGGCUUUACUCACUCAUGAAGCAGCUGGGAAACCAGGAAGUGGCAAGAUGGGUGUUUUUUUGCCAGUUGUGCUCUUGGUUCACAUGGUAUUGCUGUACCAGAACCCUCACAAACACCAUGGAAACUGCUCUUACUGUCAUUGCUCUCUUCUACUAUCCUUUGGAAGGUUCAAAGUCCAGCAACAGUGUCAAGUACUCGUCCCUGGUUGCACUCGCCUUCAUCAUCCGCCCCACAGCUCUCAUCCCAUGGGUACCAUUACUCUUCAGACAUUUCUACCAAGAACGGAGAAAGCUUGAUCUUACUCUACAUCAUUUUUUACCUGUAGGAUUUAUAACGUUGAGUUUGUCUCUGAUAAUUGAUCGCAUUUUUUUUGGCCAAUGGACUCUGGUCCAGUUGAACUUCUUGAGAUUUAAUGUGCUGCAGAAUUUGGGAACAUUUUAUGGCUCCCACCCAUGGCACUGGUACUUCAGUCAAGGGUUCCCUGUCGUCCUGGGAACCCACUUACCCUUCUUUAUCCAUGGCUGCUUCCUAGCCCCUAGGAAGCUCUACAUACUACUGCUGACUGUGCUAUGGACUCUGCUGGUAUACAGCAUGUUGGGCCACAAAGAAUUCAGGUUUAUCUAUCCAGUUUUACCACUUUGUAUGGUGUUCUGUGGAUACUCACUAACCAACCUGAAGAUGUGGAAGAAACCAGCUCUGAGUUUUCUGUUUUUAUCAAAUGUGCUGCUCGCAUUCUAUACUGGCUUAAUUCAUCAACGGGGCACUCUCGAUGUCAUGAGUCAUAUUCAGAAAGUCUGUCCCAGCGGGCCUGAUCAAUCUUCUGCCUCAGUUUUCAUAAUGAUGCCCUGUCACUCCACUCCCUACUACAGCCAUGUUCACUGUCCACUAUCGAUGCGAUUUCUCCAGUGUCCCCCAGACUUGACUGGAAAAACUCAGUAUCUUGAUGAAGCAGAUGUAUUUUACCUAAAUCCUUUAAACUGGUUACAUCAAGAGUUUCUCAGCAACACUUCGCUCCCCACUCACUUGGUCAUCUUCAGUGUUCUGGAGAAGGAAAUCCAUGCUUUCCUAACUUCAGGAAACUACAAGAAGACUGCUGUUUUCUUUCACACUCACUUGCCCGAGGGUCGAACUGGAAGUCACAUACAUGUCUACGAACGAAAGCUAAACGGAAAACUCAACACAAGAUGAAGAAGUGUUUUUCUGCAUCUAGGAUGCAGGCAAGGUGACAACUGUAGGUUCACACUUCAGUCAACACCAAAUGAUGCAUGGAACCAGCAGUGAGCCUCUGUGGACAGCUUUACCAUUAUAAUGAUCACAAAAUAGAGACGAGCACUAUUACACAAUGCCAGCCUUAAAAUAAAGCCUUUAGUUUUCUUCA